AUGGAGGAGAAAGAUCUGCUCGCCACACUGGAGAGACAAUUAAAAGACAAGUGUUACAUGGUUGUGUUCGAUGACGUGUGGACAGCUGAUUUUUGGAGAUAUAUAGAGUAUGCUUUAAUUGAGAACAAUAAAAGCAGUAAGAUUAUGCUUACAACAAGAAACAGGGGCAUUGUUGAUUUGAUUCCUUCUGUUGAUGUCCAUAGGCUACAGCCCUUGCCGUCAGAUAAGGCGUUUGAACUCUUUUGUAGAAAGGCUUUUGGUCCUCAAGGGUGUUGCCCGCCCGAAUUGGAGAAACUAUCUCAUGACAUUCUUCGGAAAUGUGGAGGUUUACCACUAGCAAUUGUUGCCGUAGGUGGUCUUCUCUCAAACAAGAACAAGGUUGCUUUUGAAUGGAAAAACUUACUUGAUGACUUGGCGUCACAGUUGGGAAGCGAUUCUCAUCUAAAAGAUUGCAACAAAGUCUUAUUAGAAGGUUAUUAUGGUCUACCUCACCAUCUCAAAUCUUGCCUCUUGUAUUUUGGUUUUCUUCCAGAAAGCUACACAAUCAAUUGUGCAAGACUGAUUCGCCUAUGGAUUGCUGAGGGCUUUGUCCCUUAUUCCAAAAUAAAUAAAUACAUUUGA